ACAGUCGAAGCUCGAACGUCGCGUUUAAUGCGCGGAACACGUCUUAAAUACUUCUGGGUGAAUUUUUUUUUUUGUAAAUUAUCAAUUAUUUUCUUGGUGAGCUUAAAUUGAACGUUAGAUAGUCAUCUUGGAGAUGGAGUGAAUUAAGCAUCGAAAUCGUUUAAAUAAUUAAUGGAAUAAUCUUAAAUAUAAUAAUAAUAAAAAUUGAAAAUGAAAUGUAAAUAAUACUACAAAAUAUGUUGACAUCAAUGAAAUUAAUAAAUAAAAACAAAUUGUGUGUAAAAACUAUAAUUUAAAAUAUAUAUAUUUUUGGUUGACAAGUAUUAUGUGAAUAAAUAAACAAAAAUUGUGCGAGUGGAAGUUUUUUUAAACUUAGUUCAGCUAACCAAAAAUAAAUAAAAGUAAAAUGAGAGUAAUAUUGAAAAUUAAGUACGUUGACAAGAAUAAUAUCAAUAAAUAGAGAAAAGUAAAUACAUUUUGAAUGGUGCCACAAAAUGUGUGUUUGCUUAUUGUAUGUACUUACUGCAAUCGGACUCCAGCUGCUUAGUUGCCAGAAUACGUUCGCUUUGGAUGCGAUAUGCGAGAAAGUGCAACACAAUCGAGCCGAGUGUGAAGUGCAUCAUGUGGAAACUGUCGAUGGUUAUCAGCUGACAAUGCAACGCAUUCCGCCGCCCCGUAACUACAGUUGCCCCAGCCAGCUGCCUUUUCUGCUGAUGCAUGGACUCAUCGGUUCGGCGGGUGAUUUUGUGGCAGCUGGCCGCGCAGGCGCGUUGGCAUUUCAGUUGCAUGCGCGCUGCUUCGAUGUGUGGCUGCCCAAUGCGAGGGGCACAACACAAUCGCGGCGACAUCGCACUUUGUCGGCCAGUCAGGCGAAAUUUUGGCAUUUCAGCUGGCACGAGAUUGGCGUCUACGAUCUGCCAGCCCUUGUGGAGCAUGUGCUGCGUGUGACGGGUCAUCAGCGCCUCCACUAUGUGGGCCACUCACAGGGCACCACGGUGCUGCUUGUCCUCCUCUCGCAGCAGCCCGCUUUCAAUGCGAGAUUCGCCAGCGUUGCUCUACUCGCACCCAUUGCGUAUUUGCAACAUUUGAGCAGCCCUCCACUGCGUUUACUCGCCAGCGAUACAGGCGUCGUCACGGAGCUGCUGAAUCAACUGGGUCUGCACGAGCUACUGCCAUCGACCACACUGACCCAGGCGGGUGGUCAGCUGCUGUGCAGCGCCGCUCUGCCCACCUCCGUUCUCUGCACUCUGCUCACAUCGCUCUAUGUGGGCUUCAGCGAGUAUCCGCUGGAUCGUAGCAUAUUGCCACGGAUUCUGGAGACGACACCGGCGGGCAUCUCCCGUGGCCAACUGCUGCACUUUGGUCAGCUCAUCAACAGCGGUAAAUUCCAGCAGUUUGACUAUCGCUCGGCCAGGUUAAACUCCAAGCACUACGGGCAGCCAACACCUCCUGCCUAUCAAUUGCAGAAUGUGCGCCUGAAUCUGAUGCUUUUCCAUGGCAAUCGGGAUGCGUUGUCCACCCGCAAGGAUGUGCUGCGUCUUGUCCGCGAGUUGAAAAACAGUCGCAUUAAGCUCUAUCAGGUGCAAGGAUACAAUCACAUUGACUUCCUCUAUGCAACAACAGCGCCGCACAUUAUCUACGAGCGCAUCAUAGAACAGGCCACCGAAUAUAGCCAAUUAAAUCACAAAUAAUUUAUAGAAUUUAUCAAGCUAUUAAAAAAUGGUUUAAGUAUUAGAAUAAAAAAGUUUUUCCUUGUAAUUAUAAAAGGCUAAUGCUGUUCGAUUAACUUUAAAGAAUAUAAUAGAUAAAGUUACAAAAUUGAA